UUGGUUUGCAGCUGCCCAAAAUUAACUAUAGUUAUUGGGGUCUGAGCAGAUGUGCCUGCUGAGCUCGUUUGGCAUGCUAUGGUUUAUGCCUUUUGAUCACAUCUCCUCGGACCUGGCAUUCUCCCAAUGUGGAAGUCGCCUCAGCACCAAUGAACGCUUGAUUAAAAGGCUUCAGCUGUCUUUGUGAACCUGCGCCUGAGCCUCCUCUCAUUUGUUGCAAACUAGAUCAACCAUGCAAACCUUGAGUGGUCUUUGCUAUUCGCUCCUGGCUUCCUGUUCUAGCGGCCCAAAAGCAGCCAUGUGAAACUCACAUCAAUGUUGAGACACUUCUGGGGUCCUUCGACUUCGAGUCCUUCGAGCCAAUGCUGAAUGGGGCUAACGCACGACCAUUCAAGUACUUUUGCAGCUAAUCAUUGCAACCUCGGCCUGGAUGCUCCAAUUGUGGAUCCUCCAGAACCAUGCAAAACAGGUGGCAUGGCAAACCAAGCUUGGUAACCCAGCAGCUACGGCGUUCUGUAUGGCCUUUACUCUUUCUGGAAGCCUUGCGAUGGCAGUCUUUGGAGGUGAACCUUCGUCAUCACAAUGCUGCCUUAGCUUCUCUGGGUCGUUCGGGUCCGGUCAUUUGGCAGAGUGCCUAUGAACUCCUGGGUUGCAUGGACCGACGCUCCAUAGCAGAUGUUGUGAGCCACAGCUCCGGGAUGAUGGCAGUUCGUGGGUCACAAGACGGGGUGCACUGGCCAAAGGCACUUCGCUUUUUGACGCUUUUGAGUUUGCGUGGAAUUCAACCAGACGGAGUUUGCAUGAAUUCAUUAAUUGCUGCCUGCGAGAAGGGGUGCAGGUGGCAGCAGGCUACCAUUCUUGGCACUGAGACAACAUUUUUGCAUCCUUUGCUCGAUUCAAUAGCGUUUGGGGCUCUGAUUUCAAGCUCAAGGGGAGAACCUUGGAGAAGGUCGUUGGAUUGGUUAACACAGAUGUUCACGGUGACGAUGCCCACACUGAUAUGCUACAACGCAUGUAUAGAUGCGUGUGAGAAGGGUGGACAAUGGCAGUUCGCCUUAAUUUUGCUGGACGGAAUGGUAUCUUUCAAGAAACGUCCGGAUGAAGUGACAUUGACUUCCUUGAUCAGUGCCUGUCCAGAGCAGAGUGGACAUUGGAAAGAAGCUUUUUGCAUUUUGGAUUUAAUGAGAUGGAAUCGAGUGACUCCGAAUGUCAGGAGCUACAGCGCAGCCAUUGCUGCUUUACAUCAUGAAGGGACGUGGCGUUGUGCCGCGGAGCUUUGGUGUGACAUGACACGUCACGAUCUGCAUCCGAAUGAAGUGAGUGGCAAUGCGAUGCUUGGUGUAGAACGCCGGAGAUGGUUCCGUGCUGCUUCUUUGCUAGCAGCAACUAUGUGCACUGGAGUCCGGAUGAAUCUAGUAGGAGUAAAUUCUUGUCUGACUGGGGAGGCUGGUUGCUGGCCAGUGAGCCUGCAAAUGAUUCGGACCUUGCAAACGACUGCCAUCAGAGGCAGCGUGGAUACUUUUAGCGCCGCGAUCACCAUGUAUGAAAAGAGCAUCCUUUGGGAAGAUGCAUUGCAGGUGUGUGUUCAAACGUUGAAUGUGGGCUUAGAGCCGGAUCUUAUUUGUUUUAACGCUUUGACCAGUGCCUUUGCCCAAGGGGCUUGCUGGACAUUGGCAACAUCAAUUUUGCGUGAAAUCCGAUCCCGCAGUGUUGUGACGGAUUUCAUCACCCGCAAUGCAGUUUUGACCUCAUGUGGAGGUAUCCACCUUUGGCAGAUUGCCCUUGGUCUUCUGGACAGAUCUCAACAUCAUGAGGUACCUGACAUGGAAGCACAAAGUGCUUCUGUCGCCUCCUGUGCGAAAUCCUUCCAAUGGGCUCUGGGUCUUUGCCUCCUGCAAGAUCUCCUAGGAGGCAGAGUUGCCUUUGGUGCAGCCCCUGCUGUGGGAAUCACCAACUCUUUGAACAGCUGUUUGGGCAGCUGGUGUCUAGACUCUCCAGAUUUUGACUCCUCAGGCUCGCAGCCUGCACAGCCUGUGCAGCUCAGAGUGCCCUGGCUGUUGUGCCAUUUGGACUCUUCAGCUGUUCAAGCCUGUUCAGCUCUGCUGGACUCCAAUGAAAAGGGCUGA